AUGGGAAAGCAUAAUCCUGGCCGUCUUGCUGCCAUAGUGGUCUCCGUUGUCAGCUUUGCAAUCAGUCUGGUGUUCAACGGGCUGUCUGUAGUCGGACUCGGUCCUUAUGACACCACGACAGGCAAUGUGUCCGCAGUGUUCGACACGCAGAUCACACCGUCAGGAUGGACCUUUACAAUCUGGAGCGUCAUCUACGUCUGGCUGAUAGCGAUGAUGAUAUACAUUGUCACCGGACUCUGCAGAAAGAAUGGUUAUGGCUAUGUUUACUGCAGCCCUGCCGUUCUGCCGUAUGGAUUCUUCAUUAGCUGGUGCCUUAAUCUGUGUUUCAAUAUUUGCUGGCUAAUUGUUUGGGACAAAGGAAUAAUGAUCGUUGCGCUGGUGUUCCUUGUGCUGGUCAUCUGCACCAACUACUCCAUGAUCUGCUUCAUCUGCCAUGGACUUCAUGUUUAUGGAGCCUGGCUCAAGAAAUACCACAAGGUCGACUUGUGGCUUCUCCGUGUGCUGGUUCAGAACGGUGUGAUGAUCUACACAACAUGGACGACCAUUGCAACACUGAUCAACCUGACCAUCGUGCUGACCUAUGACGUGGGCAUGUCCCCGCUGGACGCUGCAACCAUCUCCUACUGUUUUUUGAUCGUCGUGCUGCUCGUGUGGUUUGCUUUGGAGAACUUUGUGCUUGACAAACACGUGCGGUACGUCCUCGUCAUCUACCCGGUUGUGAUCUGGGCGCUCACUGGGAACCUGGACAAGAACUUUGAUGCUGAAUCACCCAACCGCAAUGGCUUCUUCAUUGUUGCCCUGCUGGCUUUGGCCUCAGUGCUGUUCCUCGUCAGGAUUGUUUUGGUGAUUUGGAGGCACAUCAAGCAGCCGCUCUACACAGACGUCAGUCCUGAAGCCAUGGAACCGACGGACAUCGCUGAAAAGCAGAAAAAGAUUUUCCGUUAAACCUUUUUAUAAAACACUGGAUGUCAUGUAUCAUAGCAAAAAGUGGUGCCAUUUUUAGGCAUUACUCUACGUUGAUUAUCAGGAGAACAAAUGUUGUUUUUUUGGGAAAUCAGUCCACAAUAUUAUGUUGAACUUUGGCUGACUGGUCUAUGGACCUUUUAUGGCUCUCUCUAACAUAUGGAUUGCAAACACAAGUCAUUAGGCUCUGAUAAGGAGACUUUUACAACACAGAGGGGCAACACCUACAUUACAGUAUAGACUAUAUGUUUUGACAUUUUUGCACGUUUUUCAG